AUGCCUCGGGGUAGACCCAAGUCACAGUUGGCUCCAUGCCGAUUUUGUAACAGAGAAUUUAAACGAUUGGAACAUCUGAAGCGACAUGAGCGUACUCGAAAAGCCAUUCAAGUGCCAAUGUGGGCGAUCUUUUUCUCGGCAGUAAGAUUCACCUCAUUCCUCUUUGGGGCUGCUUUAAUCAACUAUGCUUCCAGGGAUCUUCUCAGCCGCCAUGAACGCCUACAUCAUGCCGAGGUGCCGAACACAAGAUCAAUUGACACCUUGCCAAGCCAGCCAUCCAUUGAAGACUCCAGGGAUGAGCUAGUCUUACCUGCAGACAGUGCAAUGCAUAGUAGCUCGUCCUUCUGGAAAGAAACCCUAACCAAUACCUCCGAUACAUCUGCGUUGACCGAGACCCAUUAUGAAAUGGAUUUCAGCCAGCAUGGACUGCAGUUGCCCGACGUAUCAUGGAACAAUGAUGCAUUUUCUUUCCCAGAUUUUAUACCAUCUCAAUUUCUCGAUACGGAUAUACCUCUCGGUGAUCUAUUCCAGCAAGCUCCUGUCCAAAAAGAGUCAGACAUGCCAAAUCUUGCUGGGUCGUUACUUCAAUCAGUAUCCCAUAACAAUCUGCAUGACAACAUGAACUUAAAACACCCCCCACGAUUCCCAUCUAUGGACGAUCAACUCGACAACAAUAAUCUGGACACAAGAUCUGAUAUCACAAACUGCCCUUGGGCUAUAUCACCAUCCGGCUACAAGAUAAUUGUGAACAAAAUAGCAGUUUGCAAACCCGCAUGGCUAGAUAUGUUGAUUCCAUCAAAAUGUGCUCUUGUGCGCUAUCUCGAGGGGUAUUUUCGAAAGUUUCACGACCAUCUACCGUUUCUACAUGUGGCUUCAUUCAGACCAGAUGCCGUCGCAGUUGAGCUUCUUCUCUCAAUGGCUGCAAUUGGUGCCUUUUACUGCUUUGAGCAUAGUGAAGGUUAUCGGUUGUAUAGCGUUACUCGGUCAUUGAUUGACUCUAUCUUCCAAGCUCGCCGUGAAAGUGCUGUCGAUCAACUAACAAGCCGAGCACCAAGGCCAUUGGGAGAGGGACGCAUAGCUAGCGCUAGCCAUUCGUCACAUUCUUGCUCCAGAUCUUCUUGUACUGCGCAAACCCCUCAAUCCAAUGCUCCAUCGGUUGAACAGGAAGAUUCACAGGCUCAGCUUCAACGAGCACAAUCCUUGAUUAUCAUCAUAGCUAUGGGCGCAUGGGGGGAACAGUCGCUCCUGCAAGACAGCCAGACCAUGAACAGUCAACUCGCUUCUUUGAUACGCGAACUCAGAAUUGUUAAUCCUGAUGAUGCCAGCAAUCUUGAUCUUGGGUGGCUGGAUUGGGUUUCCCAUGAACAACUACGGCGCACCUUGCUGGUGGCAUAUAUCAUCUUGAAUUUGAAUAGCAUCAUUUUAGAUGUCCCGCCCAUGAUCUUCACUCGCGAAGUUGCUAUCUGUCUACCAUCCUGUGAGGCUGAAUGGGGUGCCGUUUCGGAAGCCGGUUGGAAGCGACACCGGGAGGUCUCGGCUCUAAGAGAGCGCCCAUUCGUCCAAACUCUGAAUCAACUACUCGCUGGUCAGAGCAUAUGCGAUGAAUGGGGCGUGUCGGCCUUCUCAAAUUACGUAUUGAUUCACGGAAUCAUGCAGAAGAUAUACAUUGAGAUCCAAACACCGUUUCACUCCCAUGAAACAUCCGCUGUUCAAUCUGACCUUUUGAAAACAUUCGAGACGGCCCUCAGAUUAUGGCAGUACUCGUGGGAGACCACAUGGGAGUCUACCCUUGAUCCGUACUCGCCCAAGGGCCCUAUUGGGUUCAACGCAACUGCGUUGUUACGGUUAGCAUAUAUCCGACUCAACACCAGGAUAGGACUGUGCCACAACUUUAUGACCGGUGAUACUCUGCAUAUCAAGCAAGUCUUCUCCCGCCUCAGAGAAAUCUCUCUUUCUCGUUCUCCCUCGUUAGACCGUGCGGUUCUUCAAUGUAUUCAUGCACUCAGCAUCCCCGUGAGAGUUGGCAUUCAAAAUGUAGCUCGCACGCAGAUUUUGCAUUGGGGAAUCCAGCACUCUAUAUGUCAUCUUGAAUGUGCGUUCCUUCUCGCUUUGUGGAUGCAAACCAUUGCGGAAUCUGUUCGGAUUGAUGGUAUGGCUUCUCUGCGUGGGGAUGAACUGAAGCUGCUCACUAUGGCGAAAGGCCUAGUCAAAGAAACCCAUUUACAGAGAAGUAUAGACUACCAGGAAGAAACAGCAGCCAACAUCCGUCGCCUUGCGGCAUCGACGGCUCGGUUGUGGGCUGAGAUAUCCAGUGGAACUCACGUCUUUGAAAUUGUCCAUCGAAUCGGAGCAUCCCUGUUGGUUAUUUCUGAUGUUUUGGAGGCCGAGAGCUUUGCGCUGUAG